AAACUUGACAUUGGUGGAAGUGUCGGAGUUGAAGAAACGGGAAGCAGGAACCGGGAGAAGUGUGUAUAAUGAGCCCACUGCUGCUGCGCUCUUCGCUGGGCUGCCUCGACACAGUUCUCGGCUCAUUUCGUGCUUCUAGAAACAAACUCGUCACACAAGCAGCAGCAGCAGCCCCGCAUCUGUAUCACUUCAGAAAAACGAUGCACUAUCAAACGGAGGAGAGAGGACGCCCCCAUUCUCCUGACUACCGGAUUUAUUUUAAAACAUCUGAUGGAAAAUACAUUUCACCUUUCCAUGACAUCUCACUCAUAGCGGAGACAGAACAGGACAAUGAUGUGCCAGCUAAGAAGCCCAAGAAGAAUGAGAGUGAGGUCCUCUUUAACAUGGUUGUGGAGGUUCCUCGAUGGUCAAACGCUAAAAUGGAGAUUGCAACUAAGGAACCCCUGAACCCGAUCAAACAAGAUGUGAAGAAGGGAAAGCUCCGGUUUGUUGCCAACAUAUUCCCCCACAAAGGUUACAUCUGGAAUUAUGGGGCAAUUCCACAGACAUGGGAAGACCCAAACCACACGGACGCAGAGACAAAGUGUUGUGGUGAUAAUGAUCCCAUCGACGUUUGUGAGAUCGGCACCGAGGUAUGCUGUCCAGGUCAGGUGAUCCAGGUGAAAGUGCUCGGCAUCCUGGCCAUGAUCGAUGAGGGAGAAAUGGACUGGAAGGUCAUCGCUAUCAAUGUUAAGGACCCAGACGCCAAAAACCUGAACAGCAUAGAGGAUGUCCGCAAGAGCCGGCCUGGUCAUUUAGAAGCCACUGUUGACUGGUUUAGGAAAUACAAGGUUCCUGAUGGAAAGCCUGAGAACCAAUUUGGAUUCAAUGGAGAAUUUAAAGACAAGGACUUUGCAGUUGAGAUCAUAAUGUCCACCCAUGAGCACUGGAGGGCACUAGUGCAGAAGAAGAAAAACAGUGGAGGCAUCGAAUGCAAAAAUAUCUCCUGCUGUGAGAGCCCCUUUAAGUGCAGUGCAGAAGAGGCCAGAGAUGUGGUGGAAUCGGCCCCUGCAUUCGACAGCUCACAUCGUGCGUGUCCGGAUGUCGACAAGUGGCAUUUUGUCUGAAGCCCUGAAGACGACAUGGAAACCAACUUGAAGCAGCUAUUCACUUUUGAAUACAGCUUGAUUGAUUUUUUGGUAAGGACUCAUUUUCUGCUGAGUUUAUCACCCAAUCAUUUGGAUGGAAAUACACAGGACUUGGAAAUGGGACAGUGGAGAUCUGUAUGAGAUGCUUUUGUUGGCGUUAUGUUGGAAUUCAUAUUGAUUUAUAGUAAGAUAUUUUAUGUUGAGGUUAAUCACAAAAAAAAUGGUCUCCUUUCUUUUUUAAUAGUAAAUGUUCUGCGGUAUUUUUGUGUCAAACGUCCUGGUCCAGCCUCAUGAAGGACUCAAAGGCUUUAGGACUGUAAUCACUUUCUGCGAGGAACCUUAACGCAGUUUGUUUGUAACAACGAUUCCUUUCUGUUUUGGUAAAUAAAUAAAAAAUAAGCCAUUAA